CUUCCCUUAGUUCACUUUUUCUCCACCAGUUGGAAGUCUUGCGUGCGUCCAUCUUGGGAACUCUUGUUUGAGCCGGUGCAGAUUUCACCAAUUAACUUAAGAAAAAUGGCAAAGGCUCUGACUGGUUUAGCCGCGAAAGCCCCAGGACUGAUCAAGGGUGUUGUCGAUUACUCAACUCCAAAGCUGAACACCUUCUGGCAUUAUGCUCGAGUUGAAUUGGCCCCCCCUACCCCAACUGAUAUUCCAAAAAUCACGUCAGGUCUUCAAAGCCUUGUCAAAUCUGCCAAAACUGGCAAAUGGAAGCAAGUUCCAGUGAAGGAUGCUUGGCUGAACACUCUGAUCACAGCUGAAAUUGCUUUCUGGUUCUUUGUUGGAGAGUGCAUUGGCAAAGGAAGCAUUGUUGGAUACAAAGUUUGAACAUGAAUUCUCCACCCCAGUUCAGAUUUUGUUUGUAGAUAAAAUUGCAGUAAGCAACACAAAUAAAGGAUUAAAUCAACAUCUUCAUGUGACAAACACAUUUUUGUAAAACAUUUUAUAUUCAUCUAGUUCAUGAACGCUGGAAUAAUCAGUCUUGUCAAGUUUGUCACUUCAGUUCACAAUGAAAAGCUAUUGUUUGAGACAUGGCAAUCUGUAACAGAAAAAUGGGCAUAGAUUUUGUAAAAGAA